AUGUUAGAAAAAAAGUUUGCUGACAUUGACAAAAAAUUUGAGAAUGUUUUAAACAAGAACAAGAGGAAGUUAGAAAAUGCUCAGAUAAAACCCAUACAUGACAAGUUCUUAUUUGCUCAGAAUGGUAUAACAGGUCUAAUUGCACCACCUGGGUCGGGUAAGACUUUCACUUAUCUUAAAAUGGCUGCACAACAACAAGAACUAGAUGAGAAGAACCCAUUCUAUGAGUUAGUAGUCAUUUGUUCGACUUCUGGUCAAUUUGACCAAACCGUCAAUUCGUUCAAAGAUAUUAUAAAGAAGUCUAAGUUAGUAUGUAUAAAAGACUCUGAGUUGUUAGAUUGGAUAAAGAAGUACCAAAGAAGAGUUUUGAAGUAUAAUGCUAUAAAUGAGUAUAUAAAUUCGAAGUUUAAAGACCCUAAUGAGGAAAUGCAGAGAAUAUUAGAGAAGAAACACUUCAGAAACAAACAGAAAGAGAUAGAAUACAUUUCGAAGAAAUUGCAAUCUUACGAUUGG